CCGUCAGUCGCAAAAUGUCCAUGACGUUGGACUGCGCAAAAAAGCAUCAAAAAGGGCAUUUUACUGUGAUACCAAAGCCAACUAGAACACUUAGUUUGAUGCCAUGAUCAGGAAUGGAUCAUAGAACACGAAAACGUGUAAAAGAAGCGAAGAAGAAAGCUAGACCUGAAUUAAGUGAGAAACAUGGUUGGUACAGGUUGGACUUGGCCAAUACGUUCGAUACAUCAUUAUCAGCAGUUAAAGAUUUAGACAAUGUGCCAAGAAUUGAUGCCCUGAAGGUGUCGCAUUCAGAAUUCGUAGAUAAAUGGGAGAAAGUCUACAGGCCAUGUGUGAUUACCAAUGAUCAAUUGGAAUGGAGAGCCACAUCAAAAUGGACAUUGGAGAAACUGACGAAGAAAUAUCGUAAUCAACGAUUCAAGUGUGGUGAAGAUGAUGAUGGGUAUUCAGUGAAGAUGAAAAUGAAGUAUUUUGUAGAAUAUAUGAAAUGUAACAAGGAUGAUAGUCCACUUUAUAUAUUUGAUAGCAGUUAUGGAGAACACCCAAAGAGGCAACGUCUCCUUGAUGACUAUGAUGUCCCGAAAUACUUCAAGGAGGACUUAUUCAAGUAUGCUGGCGAAGAGCGUCGCCCUCCGUACAGGUAUGGAGACGUUUACUUCAGUCCCAGGUGGUUUGUGAUGGGACCAGCCCGGUCAGGGACUGGAAUACAUAUCGAUCCUCUUGGGACAAGUGCUUGGAAUGCCCUGGUACUGGGCCAUAAAAGAUGGUGCUUAUUUCCAACGGAAACUCCGAAGGCAAUGCUGAAACUUAAACCUGGCGAGGGUUGGAAACACAGAGACGAGGCGGUCACUUGGUUCAAAUAUGUCUACCCACGUACAAAGCAACCUGAUUGGCCAAAGGAAUAUGCCCCGCUUGAAAUCCUUCAGGGUCCAGGAGAGACGGUAUUCGUUCCUGGUGGCUGGUGGCAUGUGGUUGUGAACUUAGAUGACACUAUUGCUGUGACUCAGAACUUCUGUAGUACAGUUAACUUUCCCAUUGUUUGGCACAAGGCAGUUCGCGGGAGGCCAAAGUUGUCUCAGAAGUGGUACACUGCGUUGAAGAAACAUCGGCCUGAUUUGGUGGUGAUUGCCAAUCAGGUGGACUUCAGCAAGCCAUCGGGAUUGAACUCGGACAGCUCAAGUUCAGGGAGCUCUAGUUCCAGUUCCAGUGAUACAGAUGGAGAGGAAGAGGUUAACCAAGGAAGAAGGAAAAGGUUGCGAACUUCGUCACGUUCCCCGUCGCACAAUGGUCAAAACAUAAAUACCGACGAUCACACGGACACAUCAUCAAGUUCUCCGUAUAGCGAUGACCACCAAAGAUCUGAGCCCUCUUAUGAAAACACCACCCAACAGAACGGCCAUCCAGCUGCCAGCAACCAUGAUAGGUGACACCACAAAUGUGAUUCAGUGACUGCCAUAAAAGUUUAUGAGAGGUUUAUAUGAUAGAGAUAAUUAAACUUUUAUUCAUACACCACAAAAUUUCUGAAGAAAAAUGUCUCCUUGUGAGAAUCCCAGACGGAAAUGUUAUUUCCGCGUAUGGUUCUUGUAAUACUGUAUUGUGGUUCAUGGCAAUACAUCUUGUUUCUGUAUUGUGGUUCAUACUGCAUACAUGUCCUUGUGACACCUGUAUCACUCUGUAACGCUAUCAGACCUGUAAGCACUAACAUAUUCAUAUGUAUCAUGAGAUGUUUGUCAGGAAUGCACCUGUAGAUUGCUUGUAUUAUUUCAUCUGUUACAAUAUUGUGAAAUUCAUCAUGUAGAAACAAAGUUCAGAAUUACACCGACAAAUUAAACUGAUUGAUAAUUUUAAAUAGAUUGUCAACAUUAUUUUACUAAUGAUGCAUAACAUGAAUUCUAUUGUUUAUUUGCUUCUGUGCUUACACUAAAUAUAUUAAAUCCUUUGUGUUUCUCAAGUUAUUACAUUUUUGUGCUUUUUGCUUCUGCAUUGCCUCAUACAUUUACAUUUAUUGGUUUUUUUUCAAAUUGAGUGUAUGCUGCAUACAUGUACUUAUCUAAAAUGUUGCGAUCGACAUGUAUUUGUGCUGCAAAGACAAAGUUGUGUAGUGAAAAGAACAUGCAGGUGAAAUGUGCCACAUCGCACCAUUCUAAUGUCAUUGUUUCUCAAUGGGUCCUUGUGUUCUGCUUCAGUUGAUGGAUGUAUAUUUGAAGAAAACUUACUUACUGUUACUGUGCUUCAUGAUACAAUUAUAAAUGAGAAAGGGUGGAAUUAUAUCUACAGGGUGUCACGAAACUCUCUUAUAUGAUAAAAGUCAUUUGAAUCUGAAAGAGAAAUCUUAAACUUAUGAUAUUUGUCCUGUACAAAUAUCAGUACUGCUUGCAAUACUUGCGAAACAUGCUGUAGAUAUAUUUCAAAUAGAGUGUUUGCUGUAAUGAUCCAUAUUGGAACCACUGAAAAGCAACAGGAUAUCUUUUAAGAAUAUAUCAAAUUUUUUGA